UAGCGGCGACAUCGUGAACUAUUUUCAUAAUAACAUAAACAUAACCUCUAAACGCGUCAAAUUUUCAUUGCAAAAUGUAUGAAUAUUUCUCCUAAUUGUCGAAAAACGACCAUGGAAUGUUUAAACAUUACGGAAUAUUAAAAAUUUCAUGUUCAUUGUUCGAAAUUACGUUCAAGUAGAAAUCGACACCCAAACAAUACUCCAAAUUUAAUAUUCAACGAUCGUAAACAUUACAUAAUGAACUCUUGAAACGAUAUUCUUUAGAACACGCAUAAAAAGAUAAUUAAUUUACUGCGAAGAUGGCGACCGAAGAUGAAGUAUGGGCUCAAACCCUAAUUACAGUAACUCCAGAGGAAGACGCAACGCUUAGAGAAAUUUCAGAUACAACGGUCUUGUCUUCGACACCAGACGUACCACUAAGUUUGGACGACAAAAUUGUAUACAGACGAUCGUUCACUCACAGGCAGUUUAUAGACUCUAACGAAUUGGACCAAGUACCCUCAGAGUCGGAUGUAGAAGCACCAGAAGAGUCGUUAAGAAGACCUAUGCAGGAUGCAGAGAAUCAGACGUACCUACAAGGAACACCAAUCGUUCAAAUUUCCCUUGAAUAUCGAGACGAGGCCUCCCAAACAAUGUACAUGAGGCCUCCGUGCUUGCCUUUAACAUAUUACAAGGAUAUAAUGACAUCCAUGCACGAAAGCUCGAUGCCUACGUUAAAGAAGAGCAUGGCGACAGCGACUAUCGUCACUUUCCAUCCUAAUGCACCGGAAAAUGCUGUAUCUAUCGAACUGUCCACAAAUAUACCAGAGAACGAUCUCGAAGAAUUCGUAUCAGAAUUAACAAGCAAAGAACAAGCAGAAAUAGAAACUUCAGAAAUUUUGAACUUUCUAAUAGCACGUGCACUUUGGAUAAUCGAUCCGAGUAAAAUACAAACAGAGUUACAGGAUAAAGAGGUCCAGACCUGUAUCAAGUUUAAUUGUCACACGAAUACUCUUGUGGUGGACCGCGAGACGCAAACCGCCUUGACCUGCGAGCCAAAAAAAUCCAAUACAACACUCCUAUCGAAUUAUUGGGAGACGAAGAAUAUAGUUUCAAGCAUCUUGGAAGAUUGCCUUUCGAAAGGAAUAGGAAGUAGAAUUGCGAUAAAUUACGUGAUGGAAGACAUUAUUGAUAAGUGUGCAGAUAGGAUCAGGUAUCCCAUGGUGGAUCAGAGUACGCAAACUAUAGUUACGUACCCACGUCACAGAGAAAAAGAGGAAGAUAUACUACGCAAACUGAGAGUCGACAUUGUUGUUGAUCCUCUGGAGGCAUCUGUUGUAGUAGCACCCUUAAUAGACAAUUUAUUGCAAAGGACUUCUGAUACUGUAUCCAGAAAUGCUCCUGCGAUAGUAAAAAAUAUUUUAGAAAGGACUCUUAAGCGAACAAUGACUAUAGUUGGGAAACUUAUGGAACUUGAACAGGAGUCACAGCCCACGCAAAUAUCUCAAAUAUUGGAGCAAAGAAGAAAGAAGAUCCUCGAUUCGAUGCUGCACACAAAAACAGAAGCAAUGUAUACCCAGACAAAUAUAGCUGGAAUUGUUGAGGUAAGAAGAAUCAAGGACGAGAGGGAUGUUGUGUGUUCCGUCUGUAGAAGACCAUCAACCUGCAAAUGGUGUACAGGGGAUUACGAAGAGAAGACUCCAGAAGUUACUAUGCUUCGUACGAAGGACAUACUAUUGGCAUACAAACCCUGCUAUGUUAUGACUACAGCUUCUGAGAAAGAAACGACUAUUCAGACCCAAACAAAUGUAAUCUAUCCACCUUCACCUCGUGUAGCCGUUUCGAAGCAUUCUACUAAAGAAUCAGAGGGAACGAUUAGUAUAUUCUUGCAACCUGAGAUUGGAUCACAAAAGUCUGUUAAUGAAUGGUCCUGUGUCAUCGAUGCUACCUUGAUGAAACCAUGUUCGAUGAAGGAAUCCUUGAGCAAUACAAAUGAAACUACAGCUUCAUCGGACAAGUCGAGCUUAAAAUCAGGCCAAGAUUCUUACUGCGAAGCCUUGACUUCCCAGGCAGCGAAUGCUUUGGAAAUAUUAAAGAAUACAUUUUGCAGCCGAGAGAACUGCCUGGUCACUUCUCAACACAGCUUGAAGAAGAGUUAUGUAUCUAUGCAAAACGUAGAUACAUGCGAGAAGUCAACCUGUUUAAAUAAGAGUAGCAGUGCUGGCGAAACGAGUACACAAGACACAUUCUACACGCAAAAUUUCGAAACUUGCUCGAAAUUGCGUUUACGCGCUACGCGCACUUGCAUCAAACGCAAAGCUGCGAAAUCGCGCGGUUUUAAAAUUAUUCCUAUAUGUCUCUUGCAAAAUUCCGAUUCUCAAGAAUAA